AUGUUGCGCGUGCGCGCGCGUAUAUUUGCCGCGUUCGGUGCUGUUUUUCGCGCGCGGCGAUUUAAACGGUGGAGCUCACGCGCAGGGGAGGAACUGUCUGUGGAGUACGCGUUCUGGAACCAUGGCAACAGCGAGCCGAGUGAGACAUGGACAGUGAAGGCUGGGUCCAGAAAUCCAUCUUUCACCAAUCCUGUGAGCUCACACACUUACUCGCAUGGCGAUGACACCAGGACAUAUGGGAAGGAGAGUGUCCACUUCAGCAUUGUGGACACGCAGAAGGAGAACUUGUCCAGCUCUCAGAGACGGGGGAGAGACAGUCAAUACCCAUCUCACCCGCAAUGGUGUGAGACUCCCAAACUGACCAAGAAAGAUGUGUCUCUGCGCAGACGUAUCCUCACAUCCAAAUCCUUUACUGACAUGAAGAUGAGUGUGUCCAGGACACUGGGCUGCAGGGAUGCGUGCACACAAGGAGAGGCAGAGUCUCCGGAUGUCCUCCUUAGUGGCCCGCUCUCUUUCAGCACGCUCAGGUCAGACGCAGGAGCCUUGGUCUGCAUGAAGCGCCGUCUGAUGUUCUCUCAGGCUGUUACGUCCACGCUGGAGGACGGGAAGGAUGAGGCAAGCCCCCCUUUGUCUGAGCCUGACUUGGAUGAAAGCAUCAUCUCGGGCCUGUUGCCGUCUGAGACACCGGAGAUGCAGCGGGGACGAGAAGGCUUCCAGACCCCUGUGACCCGUCUAGCGGCUGAUCUGUCUGAGAGCCUGAGCGUGUUGAGUACUCCUUCACACACUCCUCUCUCCGGACUGAACAUGUCUGAGGACAGUGGCUUUGGUUCACUGCGAUUGGAUGGCUUAGAGGAUGGUGGUGAUGACUGUUCAUUCCAGGACGGUGCAUCACGGGUUACACUCGGCCGAGACCACCGCCGCUCCAGACUUGAUCACCAACACAGACUGUCCACACUCAGGGAGGGCUCACAAUCAGAUGAUGAGGUCAAAGUUUGGUGCAUGAAUGGGCAGGGCCUAAAGUUGGAGGAAGAGGUGUUUGCAGAGACUCCGCCUCUUAGGGUGACUCAACAUGAUCUGUCGCUCACUCCUGCAUUGCAAGCCAUGGAGGCUCUAAGCCGCUCCUUUACUCUCUCACAUGACCUUGAGCGGUCAAUCAGCACAUGCCUAAACCUCUCACAUGACCUUGACCAUCCAAUCAUAACGCACCUGCCGCUCUCUCACUUGAUUGGCCGGAAGAUGGGUUUAGGUAAGGUGGAUGUUCUCAGUGAGCUUCACAUGAGGAAUCUGCACCACAUCCUUUCCUCCAUCCUGCAGCUGCUCUCUGCCAAAGACUUGCAAAUGUGUACUCAGGUGUGUGACUCCUGGAGCGAUAUAAUCCUGCAGGACAGGAAGGCAAAUCGCAGAAGGAGAAUGUAUGAACGAGAGCAGAAACGCGUACUGGAGAUGGGUGGAGCUGCUCGAGUGGUGGAUGCAGAGACGCGGUUAACCCUGGCGUGUCGCUCGGCUCUUGGCAGUGUUCAAGCUCAGGCUAAAACGCCCAGUGCUCACACACUCACUCCUGCAACUAACGGCACCCAUGCACACACUCCACCCUCCAUGAAACGCCAACAGUUCCUGCAGGUUGCAAAGACACUGUUCAGUGACGAAUGUCUCCGUCCAUGUCCCCGGUGUGAGCGUCCCGCUCGCUGUAACUCUGUAAAGGCUGAAGGUGUGUGUAGCUGGAGCGAGUGUGUGUUCCAUUUCUGCACUUUCUGUCUGCGAACCUAUCAUGGCUCGGCAGACUGCACACGCCUUCCCAACAUGCACUCCCGCAGGAAGGGCCGGAGCCAGCUGUUACCAGGCAGCGCACAGAGCAAACGCAAUGUCAAGAGACUGUGACACUGACUGUGUGUUCUCCCAAGCUGCUAAAGAGUGUAUGUGUCCGUGUGUAUGUAUGUGUGCGUGGCAGAAAUAAGGCUGCUAAAGUGUCUUUGUAACCAUGUGAGUAUGCAUGUUUUCUCUGAGUGUGUGUGUGUGUGUGAGAGAUUUCAGUGCCUACACAUUCUUAUGUACACACUGUUUCUGAAUGUGAUUCCUUAUGAUAAGAUGUUCAGUGUGUGUGAUGUACAUUGUUUUUACUUGAAUUUUUAUGGCUAGUUUUAAUAAAGUUUUUUUAUUCCUUUAUCUAA